UUACAUGUAACUAGCUAGAUGGCCAGCAGAUCCAACCCGCUUGCAUACAGCUGCACUUACGGUCUGAACAUUAAAAUUAAUCGCUUGCGGUAUGGUUUUGGAAGCAUAAGGCCGGUUUGUUCAUAUAAGCAAAAAAUAUAUAUAUUAAAUUGAUAAACACCUUGAUAGAAUUAGGGCGCACUGGAGCUCAAUUUCAAGUCGCAUAGGGAUAAUUUUAAUUUUUUAUAAAUGUACAAAAAUAUCACAAAUUCUUGUUUUGACUUUGUCAUUAUGUGGUAUUUUGUGUAGAUUGAUUGGGGAAAAAAUAAUUUCAUCAAUUUUAGAAUAAGGCUGUAAUGUAACACAAUAUGGAAAAAGGAAAGGGGUCUGAAUACUUUCCAAAUGCACUGUAUCUCCGUGUUAGGGCUUGUUUAUGGAAAACAGACCGAAGACAAGAGGCUACCACCUGUGCUAAUUAGCUGUCUAGCAUGCUCCGAACAUCUGUAUGUAAGAAUAACUCUGGAAGUGUAGUUUCGUCAGAUGGAGGGGUUGGUUGUUUAGCAAUAAAAGCGAUGCGUACACAACUAUGGGGCAAAACAGAUGCGGUUGGCUUAGAUUGUUGACAACAUGUAAACUAUAUAUGUUUAUUGAAAACAAAUACAUUUGCACAAUGAGCACUUGUUGUCUCAAAUACAUUGUUACAGUUGUUGGUUAGCUAGCUAGCAAAUUUUUUGCAUCGCCAUGAAAUCAGUCAACAUCUCAAAACAAGACAUUUAUAGCUUUAUGGAUCUGUGCAAAGCUAAUUUUUGUAUUUGAAGGAUUCUCGCUGAUGAAAGAUAAGGGCCACAUGUUUUUUUUCGAAAGCCUUAUCGCAAGAGAUGAUUGAUGUUUCUAAACGGUAUAACAGUGUCGGGUUUGUAGUUCACGAGGCAGUUGUGGGCGAAGCUAAUGGCUGAGAAUUGUAGGGAGAAGGCAUACAAAGCUCCCCCUCGCCCUCCAUUUGGCAAAUCUGACAAUAACUUUAUCCUCUUUAUUCCUGCUUACAAGGAAAUACUCAAAAAGGAAGUACCAGUGACGCUCUCAAUACGGAAGUGGUCCAAUGAAGUGGACGCUAAACUACAGGAUUGUUUCUCUAGCACAGACUGGAAUAUGUUCCAGGAUUUAUCCGAUGGCAUUGAGGAGUUUACCACAUCAGUAACCGGCUUCAUUAAGUCGUUAAAGGGUGCCCGGGUCCUGGUGACUGGUGCCAGUACGGGAAUAGGUGAACAAAUGGCAUAUCACCUCGCCGGCUUUGGUGCCCAGGUGGUUAUUACAGCCAGGAGGGAAAAGGUUCUACAGCAGGUAGCAGAGAAAUGCCAGGUGUUGGGGGCCCAGAAAGCUCUAUACAUAGCAGCAGACAUGGCCAAUCCGUCUGAGCCAGAGAGAGUGGUGAAGUUUGCUGUGGACAAGCUGGGAGGACUGGACUACCUGGUGCUGAACCACAUAGGACCCAGCCCAUUCGCCAUGUGGGAUAGAGAUGUGGAACACACUAGAUGGUUAAUGCAGGUGAAUUUCCUCAGCUAUCUGCAGAUGGCAAAGACAGUUCUGCCUACCCUUGAGCAGAGUCAGGGUUCCAUUGUGGUCGUCACCUCCUUGUUAGGAAAGAUUAGCAGUCCGUUUGUGGCUCCCUACACGUCCACCAAGUUUGCCCUGAACGGCUUCUUUGGGACGUUGCAGCAUGAGCUUUCCAUGCAGAGGAGCAACGUGUCCAUCACCAUCUGCAUCCUGGGCCUGAUCGAUACAGACUCAGCUAUGGAGAAAGUCAGGGGCAUCACCAACAUCCAAGCCUGGCCGGCCAGUGAGGCGGCUCUGCACAUCAUCACUUCUGGAGCCACGCAACAGACAGAGUCUUACUAUCCCUGGUUCUGGUACUAUUGCUGUCUCAUCAGAGACUGGUUCCCCUACUUCAGGGACAUGUCUUUACGUAACUUGUAUAAAUAUGAACCAUUUGCUUGAAAUAUACAUUAUGAUAAUAUCGCUUUUGCAUUUUUCCCAAUUUGGUUUACACUUAUUUGUUGAUUUAAAAAAAAUGCUGUUACAGCCAACUUCUCUGACAUUGAUCAUUUAAACACAGUUCUUUAAAUGAUAAACAGUUCGGUAUAUUGGAAGAUUUUCAUGUAAAACUGUGUUACUUGUUGGUCUUCUUCUUUGUAUAAUUGGUUGCUUUUCUGUGGUACAUUUCUGCAUGUUUAUGUCACAAUUUGAACUUUGUCCAUCCCCUCUCUCAUUGCUUUUGAAUGAUAUCCACAUAAUCAACAGUACUGGGGAGUAGUGAACUACAUACAUGUAGUUCAACUAGUUCUUUAAUUACAUUUUGCAGUAGCUUGGUGGUAGUUUAACUCAAAUCUUGGUAGUGUUUUUAGUAGUAAAUUACUUUUCUGCCAUGUAGCGAUGUUGCUAACUACACACUACUGUUUUUGCAAAAAUAAAUAAAAUAUGGGUGAA